CAAUGCUCCUGGCCUGAGUUAGAAGGUGACAGGGGACGGGGAAAAUGGCAACUGCGUAUCUUACCCACCACCAAAAAGUCCUGCGGCUUUACAAAAAGUCGUUGAGGCACCUGGAAUCAUGGUGCAUAUUCAGGGACAAGUACCGAUUUUACGCGUGCAUGCUGAGGGCGCGCUUCGAUGACAACAUGGGCGAGAAAGAUAUGGUGAAAGCUACCAAGAUGCUGAAGGCAGGGGAAGAGGAGUUCUGGGCCAACCAGCACCCGCAGCCCUACCUCUUCCCCGACUCUCCCGGAGGAACCUCAUACGAGAGAUACGAAUGCUACAAGGUUCCAGAGUGGUGUCUGGAUCACUGGCACCCCUCUGAGAAGGCCAUGUACCCUGACUACUUUGCCAAGCGGGAGCAGUGGAAGAAACUGAGGGAGCAGAGCUGGGACAGGGAGGUCCAGCAGCUGGAGGCAGAGACCCCCGCGGACGGGCCCAAGUCCGAGGCUCUCCCCCCGGCCCGCAAGGAGGGCGACCUCCCCCCUCUGUGGUGGCAGUACGUCACCCGCCCCAGGGAGCGCCCCGUCUAAGAUCCCCACCCCCCAUCUCCCCCGGUCUCCCCCUCACACCCUGGUCUCCCCCCCAUGGCCGACCACCACUCUGCAGAAUUGUGACUCAGCUCUCUUGUGAACCAGUCUCUAACUGUAAGGGGAUCGCUGUAUAAUGGAGUGCUUGUGGAGAGCUGCAUGCAGGGUGAAUGUGUGUUCCACCGGCCUGAACUGAACCUUUAUUCUGAAGAAAUGGGAGACCUUUGAAAUAUGCUUUAGCUGUGCUUCAUCUAUACCUGUACAAAUAAAUAAAUGAUUAAUGAAUCUCUUGUGAA